AUGCGCGACACCGUCCGGGACGGCGACGCAGGCUCUGGCCUCCUCUCAAUGAGCGCGCUGUGCUGGGUGGUGAAGAGGAUGGAUCGCCUGACCGGCGACGACCGUCGCAGUGCGACCAGCAUGGACAAGGUCCUCGUUUCGGGGUUGAAGGAGCUGCGGAUUCGGAUGAUGACAUACAUCAAGGAACACGUCGCACGCAGACGGUCAGGCCAUGUCGGAGUUGGUGCCGAUGCCUGUGAAGACGACGCCGCGGAGCCCCCUUCGGCAUCCCAAGCAGUCGGUGUCGCCGACACAAGCGGAGAGGCCGGAGACGGCGUCGACAAGGCAGAUGAGGAGGCAGAGAGGGCUGUGGCGAGGACCGCGGAUCAGGAAAAGGAGGAGGAGGAGGAUGACACCGACGAUCAGGAUGAUAACGAGGAGGAUCGUGAGGAGCGUGAGCAGGGGCAUGGGCAGGAGGAGGAGGAGGAGGAGGAGGAGGAGGAGGAGGAGGAGGAGGAGGAGGAGGACGAGGAGGAGGAGGAGGAGGAUGAUGAGGAGGAGGAGGAGGACAAGGAGGCGGCGGCGGCGGAGGCCGUGGAGCAGGGUUUCGGGUCGGUGGAGCAGGUGGCGGAGGGGGAGAAGCAGCAAGAGGGGGAGGAGGAGGUAGAGUUCCCCUGGGUCGAAUUCGAGAUGGAGGAUGUUGAGGGAGCGGCGGCGGUGGCCGUGGAGGGAGCGGCGGCGGCCGUGGAGGGAACGGGCGGGAUGUCGGCGGAUGUUGUGUACGUGCGAGGGGAGGGUGCCGAUGUGGAGAAUGUCGGCGUGGAGGAGGCGCACGUGGUCGGCAAUGUGGUUGGCGACGCGAAGGAGGAGGAUAACGUCGCGUCCCCGACGCCGACGGGCGUGGAGACCACCACAGGGAACGCAGGGGUGGAACGCCGGGGUGGAGCGGUAGAGGCGGGCCGUCAACCGGGUUCCUCAGCAGCUGGUCGGCAGGCAACGCCGGCCGUCGUCGCGCAGCUGCGACAGGAGAACAUGUGGCUGAGGGCUGAAAAUGCUCGUCUCGAGACGGCGCUCGGAGUGGAGAGGGGUCGGGUGGACAGGUUCGCGAUGGGGAUUGGCCACCUCGUGGACAAGCUCAGGUCGUUGGCCGACCAGGUCGCCGCCUCCGACCAGGACGCGUCGAGUCGGCUGAUGGACGCGUCCUUGACCAUGGCGACGACCGUGACGGAGAACAUCACUGCCAACAUGGGUGAAGCAUGGGAGGCGAUGAAGGCGUACGCCGAGAGGGCGGAGAGCUGGUUGGACGAUCUAGAGAAUCCGGAGGGGGUUAUGGCGGUGCAACGUGCGAACGCGGUCGUCGCCCUGGGCAACCACGUGGACGAAGCGAGGAAGGGAUUGGAGGAAUACAUAUCGAAGCACCUAGUCGCCGCGCAGACCAACAUCGCCGCCGCCGUAACUCAACGCGUCGCCGUCCCGCCGCCCACGCAGCCUGCCCCACCGCCAGCCUUCCCGGACGAGCUCAUGAAGUCUUUCAAGGCGGACGUGUUGAAGGCGGUGACUGAGGCCACCCAGCAGUCGUUUGCUGCGUCCGGGUUAAACCUCAUGACCCAGGUGAUCGGCCAUCUGGCGCCUGGUCGGCAUGGGUCGUCGCCGUCGGACAACGAGGCCGACAAGAAGGGUGCGAAAAGGGCGGGCGGCGGAGAUGAUGCGUUGAGCUCGAAGCGGAGCAAGGGAGCCGAUGGGAGCCGCGGCGUCGGCCAGGUGGCUCCAGGCGGCUCGCGGAGCAAGGGAGCCGAUGGGAGCGGAGGUACGAGCGUGGUCGACCAGCUGAAGAAGAACGGGGCCAAGGUGAUAAGGACGCACAGCAAGGGCGAUGGAAUCAGGAGUGCGGAGGGGGGCCCUGCCGACCAGGUUGCCGCUCAAGAGGCUGGACCAACAGCCCCGCCAUUGGUCGCCGAGAAGCCGGCCAGUCUAGCGACCGCACCAACGGCGAUAGAUGGCGGCGCCAAAACCGUCAAAGGACCGUCCGUCGGAGUGGCGGGGACCACGUCGAUCCCCCGCAAACCCCCUGCGGCUAGCAGCGCGCCGGUCGCCCCGUCAGCCGCCAACAACGAUGGGCCGUCCCUUGCGGCUACUCCAGCACCAGCAGGCACGUCUGCCGCCAAGGUUGACGCGGUGGAUGCUGCGGCUAACCGCGCUGGUCCGUCCGCCCCAAAGGCGAACGCGCUCAGGGAGAUGCUCAGCCGCAUGGAGACCCAUCGACAGGACGUGCAGCAGCCUCCCGUGGUCGGCACCGCGCCGGCCACAACAGCACGUCGCUCGGUCACUCCCCAGGUCGCCGCCACAACGUCCAGUGCCCCACCUACCGCGCCUAUCAUCGCCGCCCGUCCUCCUGUGGACCCAAAGUCCGCGUUGCUUCGCGCCCAGUUAGGCGUACGUACUGCGGCUGCGCCGGCACGGGCUCAGCCGGUAUCCAGCUCAUGCGCGACGCCGACGUCGGUGACCGUAGCUGCACACACACUCGGUGCGGCUACUAUCGAGGCGGUGGCGGAGAAGGGCGUGAGUGCAGCGCUAGCCACGGGCGGCAGAUCAGUUGACCCUGCACAGGCGGCGAAGGACCACAACGACGCCGAUAUCGCUGCCAUCCAGGACCUGUUGGAAGCGGUAAACCGCCCCAAGCAGCCCCCUGUGCUGGCCAUCUUGGACUCGGCGAGUCCCACCGGCUGUACAGCGGAGCCAAAGACGACCACUGCUGCGGUCGGCGCGGGAAAGUCGAAACGGAAGGGGACGGUCGACGCAGGGAAAGCGAGGCCGAGCUCGAAGAAGAAAACACGGGCGACGUCGGCGAUGGUGAAGUCGGUGCAGAAAGGACAGGGGAUGGCGACGGCGAUGGUGGAGAAGGAGAAGAAGGAGGAGGAGAAGGAGGAGGAGGAGAAGAAGGAGAAGGAGAAGGAGAAGGAGAAGGAGAAGGAGAAGGAGACGGAGGAGGAGAAGGAGAAGGAGGAGGAGGAGAAGGAGAAGGAGAAGGAGGAGGAGGAGGAGGAGAAGGUGGAGGAGGCGGAGGAGAAGAAGCUGGAGGAGGAGGAGGCGGCGACGGAGGAGGAGAAGGUGAAGGUGAAAGAACGGAAGGGUCAUGGCAUCCGCCACGACUCGACGGGCGACAAGCAAGGGUGGGUGGGCGAGAUCAAGGUGGUCGGGAACGAGAGCAGAUACAUCGGCAAGUCCCGCGACAAGAUGGAGCUGGCGUACCUUCACUCCAUUGUGUACCUCCUGUACGACGGUUUCGUCAGCAAGAUCCUCAUGGCCGAGCUCACCGGCCUGGAGGAAACAGUGAUGAAGCAGUGGAGGGCGGUGUGGAAGGAAGUCCGGUUCUUGCCGACUGGGAUGUGGACGGUGAUCUGGGCAAGGGGCGCGUUUCUCCCAAGGACACGGUUCGACGACAUCCUCGGGAAGUAUAGAGCGUACAAGACAUCAGGCGAUGCGCACCACGACGCGCUUUUGCCCGCGAUCUGGUUCCCCGUCGAUGCCGACGGGAAGUCGGAUGCAAUGAUGUCGGCCAUGCUUGAUCGCGUGUCCUUGUGCGCGGCGUAUGGGGAGGUCGCUGCAUCCGCGGCGAGAAUGGAGGGCGACACGGAUCAGAAGACGGCGAAGGUCGCACAGGCGCUGUCGGCCUCAGCUUGCGCACUGUGGUGCUUAGUCGAGGGCGACGGCGCCCAGGUGGCUGAUGCCGUCCGCGAAGGGAAGGCGGCGGCGAUGUUGGUCGGCGCCAGCGAGGCUACCGCCGCCGAGUUCAAGAACGUCAUGUCGGCGGUGCUGGAGGUGGCGAUCAGCAGGCAGCAACCCCUUGGGGAGGUUGCGCACAACGUCGCACCGGCGCUUGAGUCCACCGCUCUGGCCAGAGCCUAUCCGGGGUUGGAUGUUGAACCCGAGGCCAAACUGAUCGCACGAGCGACAGUGGAAACCCUCGCGUUCUGGGGGAUGUGCCCCGUGGAUGGGCCGAAACUCAGGAAGAUCGGCAUCGCGGUGCCGCUGGAUGCGCAGAUGGAGUACGACAUCGAGCACAGGGGGAGGAAGAGGCCGAGGGGCAAGCAGGGCAAGGACAGCUCGGGGAAGAAGGGGAAGGGCAGAGCGGGCAAGGACAGCACGGCGGCGUAG